AUGGCCGACGAGAAGGAAAACUGCGUUAGGAUGACGAGAGCGGCGGCGAAGAGAAAAGCUUCCAUGGCGGCGACCAUAGACGAGGAUCGGCUCAGCAAGAAGAGGGUCGUCCUCGGGGAGCUUCCAAACAUGUCGAAUCUCUCGUUCCCCAAUCAGGAAAUAGAGAUCAAGAAGACCCGAGAAGCCGUCUCUAGGGUUCCGACGAAGAAACAGAAGAAGAAGGUAGUUCCGACAAAGAAGGAUACGCCGAUUAUAGAUCUGGAUUUGGACAUUGACAGUAGAUCUGAUGAUCCCCAGAUGUGUGGUCCUUAUGUUUCAAGCAUCUUCGAUUAUCUCCGUCAAAUGGAGGGGAAUGCAAAGUCAAGGCCUUUGGUUGAUUAUCUUGACAAGGUUCAGAAAGAUGUUACGUGUAAUAUGAGAGGAGUUUUGGUGGAUUGGUUGGUGGAAGUUGCUGAUGAAUACAAACUUCUCUCGGACACUCUUUACCUCACUGUCUCCUACAUUGAUAGAUUUUUGUCUGUUAAGACUGUUGAUAGGCAAAAGCUUCAGCUUUUGGGAGUUUCUGCAAUGCUUAUUGCUUCGAAGUAUGAAGAGAUAACUCCUCCAAAUGUGGAAGACUUUUGUUACAUUACAGACAAUACUUACACUAAACAAGAAAUUGUGAAGAUGGAAGCUGAUAUACUUCUUGCGUUGCGGUUUGAAUUGGGAAGCCCUACUGUGAAUACAUUUCUAAGACGAUUCACAAGGGUUGCACAAGAAGAUUUCAAAAUGUCACAUUUACAGAUGGAGUUUCUAUGUAGCUAUCUUUCUGAGUUGAGUCUAUUAGACUAUAACUGUGUCAAGUUUCUUCCUUCUAUUGUGGCUGCUUCAGCGGUAUUUCUCGCUAGAUUCAUCAUCCGUCCAAAACAACAUCCAUGGAGUGUAAUGUUGGAAGAAUACACAAAAUACAAAGCGGGUGAUUUGAAAGAAUGUGUUGGUAUGCUACAUGACUUGUAUCUGAGCAGAAAAGGAGGAGUUUUACAAGCAAUAAGAGAGAGAUACAAGAACCAUAAGUUCAAGUGUGUGGCGACUAUGCCUGCAUCGCCAGAGCUGCCUCUUACCUUUUUCGAAGAUGUCAACAUUUAG